UGUCUGGUCCUCAGCUCCUCUAACAGGAAGGGGGCGGCAGCUCACGGCGCUCUCCAGGACCUCCUUCAGGACGGGGUUCCUGCAGAUCCUCCCGGUCUUCAGAGGGACCGGCUGCAGGUCUUCCAGGACCGGGCCAUCCCCUACCUAAAAUACCUGCAGAUCUUCCGCAGUCUGGAAGAGGUCUACGAGCAGCCGGUCCAACCCCAGAAGAGGCGGGGGGUCCGGACCGUCCUAGACGGGCUGAUGGGUCGACUCCUGGAGCUCAAGGCUCAGAUGGUGGAGCUGGAACUUUCUGAGUUGCGCUACUUUGAUUACCUGCUGCUGGACCUGAAGAUGACCCCGGAGCUGAUCACCGCUGGUCUGAGAUUGAUCCAGGAUCAGAACGAGGAGGAGUACCAGAGACCCCGGCUCAGUGUGAAGCAGUCAGUGCUCGAUGCGGAAGGAACUGACAUGAAGGAGGCUCUGCAGGAACACAUCCGACAGUGGUUCAUGAAGUGCAGAGACGCCACAGGGACGUUUCCAGACUUUCCAGAUGUGCAGGACGGAGGAUCAGCUUCUCCGUUUGCUCAGAAAGCACCUCAACAGGUUUCAGCUUUGCUGGCGGCCAGGGAGGAGGAGAGAGAGAAGAAGAAGAAAAGGGAGACAGAGACGUGUGGCGUUGCCGUGACGACUGUCAGCCGACUGUUGACGUUCAGCUGCUCAAAGAGGAGAAGCGACAGGAAGUGGAACAGGAAGUCAAACUCCAGGUUUAGGCUGUGGGUGCGUUCGACUUUGUUAUCAUCUGCAGGUGGACGAGCUGAUGAGGGCGGAGCUAAAGAACCUCAGACGGAGAAGAAGAAGACCAAAAAAAGGAAACAAAAAAGUCAAGGAUCCCAGGCAGUCCUGGAUAAGAUCCCGGUGGUGAAGACUCUGCUGCUGGCUGGUCCAUCUGGAGUCGGUAAGAAGAUGCUGGUUCAGGCGGUCUACAAUGAGACCGGAGCUCACCCGUUCAACCUGAGCCACAGGUACCCUGACAGAGGAGGGGUCGCCUACCUGCGGCACCUGGUCUUCAAGGUUGCAGGUGAGCUGCAGCCAUCUGUGAUCUGGAUCGAAGACGCAGAGAAAACGUUCUACGAGAAAACCAUGAAGUCCAACAGAGAGUUUGAUCCUCGGAGGAUGAAGAGGGACCUGCUCAGGUGUCUGAAGACCUUGAGACCAGAGGAUCGAGUUCUGGUGAUCGGGACGACUCAAACACCAUUUGACGGCGAAAUCAAAGCGUUUUGUGAAGUCUACAAGAAGAUCAUCCCAAUCCCCAAAUCAGACUACGGCUCCAGAAUGGGUACCAGUUCAUCUAGACUACAGAGUCCAAUAAACCAGUUAAUUCCAGACUGGAUUAGAUCUCCAUUCUGGGUACAGUGAUGGUCCGCCCUGUGGAGGGAGCUGCUGCGUGCUGAGGGGGCAGAGCCUGGUCCAAGUGUGGACCUCAGCUCAUUGGCUAAGGUCACUGACGGAUUCACUCCGGGUCACAUCCUGUUGGG